AAAUCCAAAGUGAAUCUGAGACUCUCAGUAAAGAAACUAAUUAAUGGACGAGCCAAAUCCGAUGGCUUAUCAGACACCGAACAGAAGCGAGCAGGAGUUGAGGUUCAGGAGUAGAGUCGAUAAAAACCAGAUGGAUGUGUUGAUUCGUAUCCGGGGAUCUCCUUCCCAGCUGCAGCAAUUGUUUCAAGUCUCACCAGGGGGUUAUGAUGGAACAGCAAGAUCAAUGGAAGGAAACAAUUGCUCAUACUGUGAACCUGACUAUUCUAGAAGCUCAGGGGCACGCUUGCAAGAACUACAAAGCGAAUCAAAGGAUCCAAAGAUCAGAAAAGCACACCAAAAGCAGUCUGGUGGUGGUUGUUGCAUAAUCUUCUCUCCUUUAGUAAAGCUUGUGGAAUGCUUAUCCUUUGUGUUAAGUUGCUGCUUUUAACUUGAUGAAGAGUGACAAAUAAAGAAUCUGCAUGUACAUGCAUAAGAAGUCGUAGCUCUUCAAGUGAGUAGGGACUUUCAAGUUUCGACAUUCUAAGAGCUACAAACAGGAAAUUAUGUUAUAGACUAAGGUGUGAUACAUCAUGUGGCCUGGUACUCUCUUGUAUAUUCUCUGUCGCAAUGUAAAUCUUCUUUAUUUUCCAUGUAUUA